GCGCUGUCACCAGGAGCGCUGCGGCGAUGUGGGUUAGCAGCAGCUGGGCGCAGCAGUCGGCUCAGUCAGUGUUCGCCGGGACGCCUGACCGUACGCGUCGAAGCGAGGAGGACAGACAGAACGCGACACAGACAGUACAGAGAGAUCGCGCAAAGCUGGUGGAGAGAGAUAAGCGAGGUCGGUGCGCUGUCGCCUCACGAUGGGGUGAAGUCCGUGGCGGGCUGGCGAGCGGCGGAGCCCACCAUGAGCCCCGCCUCGCAGGGCGGCCUGGAGCUGAAGCGCUACAUCGGCAGCUGCCUCAUCUCGGCGCCGCGUAAGGCGGGCGUAGGCUGCAGGGGGGCGGCGGGCGAGGGCGGCGCGGCGCUGGUGGCGGGUUCUGGGCCGGCACCGGCGCCGCUGUGCGGCCUGCCGCUCAUCUCGCUGGCGGCGCGGCCCGGCGCCUUCUCGCGGCUCGCCAUGCACACGCAGGGUGCGCCGCUCAUCCUGGCCGGCCGGUACGGCGCUCGCGCCACGCAGGCCGCCGCGGCCGGAGGCGGCAGGGCCACCAGCAGCGACUCGCUCAACACGGCUAGCGACGAGAGCUCGGGCCCGUCCGAGAACAGCCUGCCGCGCAUCAUCAAGCCCCGCAAGCGGCGCAAGAAGGACCGGAAGCCGCCGCCGGCGCCGGCGCCCGCCGCCCACCAGCCGGCCGCGCCGCCCUCUCCGGAGGCGGCCGCCCCGGAGGGCUCCAGCAUAGUGACGCUGCGGCCGUACGUGCCGCUGUGCUUCGAGCUGUACGACGGCGCGCGGCCGCCUCCAGCCGCCGCCACGGCCAGCACGCGCCGGGCUGCAGAGCCGAAGCGCAGCGAGCCCCCCAGGAGCAAGCCGAGGCCGCAGCUGCAGCUGCAGGUGCAGGUGGCGCGCAGCGAAGACGGCGAGGCCGCCCGCCAGCAGCAGCUGCAGAGCCCGCCUGCCCCCUCGACGUCGGCGUCGCCGUCCGUGUGCCAGUGCCGCUACUGCGACCCCCGCGGCCACAUUUGGGACGUGCGCCGGCACUGCUACUCGCCGGUGCUGACGGCGCCUCCCCCGGACGAGUCCCCGUUCGCCAGCAUCCCCCUGUUCCUGAGCGCGCCGCCCGCCGGCCACGCCGCCGACACCGACGACGGCUUCUUCAGCGACGACCUGCCCACGUCCACGUCGCCCACCUCCCUCUCUGGCGACCCCGAAGACCCGCCGGCCGACGGCGGCAGCACGCUGCGCCGCAGCUGGAGCGGCUGCUCCUCCUCUUCUUCUUUCUCCUCGUCUUCUUCUUCUUCUUCUUCUUCUUCGUCGCCGUCGUCCCUCGCCGGUGACCCUGGCGGCCGCGCGCACACUGCGGCCGUCGCCUCGCAGGGGCUGCAGGUGUCCACCGAGAUAGUCACCUCCCCCAACGGCCACCGCGACCUCGAGAUCAGGUUCUACUCGAGCUCGCCGCCGGGCCGGGAGGCUGCUGCUAGCGAGUCCCGCGUCCGGACGGAGGCGGCGUGGCCCGCGAGGCGGCCGGGAGGCGGCGGCCUGUGGGGCGGCGGCCAGGCGGACGAGCGCGGCGCCGGCGCCGGCGCGCUCGGCGACGAGGUGCUGCGGCUCAGCAUACGCGCCGAGGAGUAGCCCGCGCGUCUGUGUGUGAACACCGUUCUGUCCGACAGCGUGGUCCACACUUCACAACCUCACCUACUCGUCUCCUGCACGCACUGCUUUCGGUCGCCGUCACUCGCAACUCGGUGGUGCCUCAUCCGUUCUUCCUAGCACGCCGUAGAAACCGUUGUCGGCGACAGAACGGGUACGAUUCUACGAACUCGUUUCGGCUUGCAAAACAUUUACGUAAGUGCAAACAUUUCACGUUCGGAGCAGUAUUACUGGUGGUUUCCAACUUCGAGUCUGGCUCCGGUACAUUCGCGGAAAGUCGCUACUGACAGAAUUAUCGUCGAACCGCAGUGUUACGACGUUAAGUCAGCGUCUGGUGCGUAACCCGAAUUCCGCGUGGAUGUUACUUGUCGUACACUUCCUACAGCAUUGAUGUUGUGACACUGAAUGAUCUUUGAAGAACACUUCGGGGGCUCGAGUUAAUAUUUGUAAUUUACGGUGUCAUUUUCAAAUCGGAUAACAACGGAUCCCAAAGUGUGAGACAACGCAGUAUUUCGCUGCGUUCAUGUUCUGCGUAUGAUGUUAACUUGUUCGAGGACAUAACACAGUACUGUUGAGUUACUUGAUGACAAGAUCAUAUCUCUCUCUCUCUCUCUCUCUCUCUCUCUCUCUCUCCCCCUCUCUCCCCCC